AUGGUUGCCUGCCUGCUUUGUCUUAUAUUUGCCUGCAAUCUCAUGCCAGUCCUCUCAGCUGGCAAAGGUUUUUCCUCCUGUGUCUUACCUUUUGUUUUUAAUGGGACAUUAUAUUCAUCUUGCACUAGAGAUGGGUCUAUUGAUGAGCAGCUUUGGUGCAGCACAACAGAUAAUUAUGACAUAGAUGGCCAGUGGAAGCACUGCAUUAUUAAAGAGCAUGGAGGAAAUUCUGGAGGCAAAUCCUGCGUGUUUCCCUUUGUCUACAAAAACCAGACAUUUUACACAUGUACUGAUGAGGAGAAGGGAAGAUUCUGGUGUGCCACCACAAGAAACUAUGACAAGGAUCUUGAGUGGAGCUACUGUGCUGACAUCAGAUUAGAUGCCAAUCCUAAGGGCCCCUGUGUCUUUCCUUUCAUCUUCAACCAUACGUCUUAUUCAUCAUGCACAACAGAUGGAAUUUCUAACAAGAAGCCAUGGUGUUCCCUUACCAAGAAUUAUGACGUUGACUUGCAAUGGACCUAUUGUGAAUCUUCUGGGGCAGAUCUACAGCAAGAUGGUCCAACUUGUGCCUUCCCAUUCAUCUUCAAGGGCAAGUCCUACAGUGCAUGUACUGAUGAGGGCAUGGAUAAUGGGAAACUCUGGUGUGCCACAAGUAGCAACUAUGACAUAGAUAAGAAAUGGCAAUAUUGUAACGUAACAGAACCAGAACUUGAUCUAAUGGUAGAGAAUCCACUUUGUGUAUUCCCAUUCAUCUACAAAGGCAACUCCUAUAGCACAUGUACAGCAGAGGGCAUGAGUGAUGGGAAGCUGUGGUGUGCCACCACGAGCAACUUUGAUUUGGAUAAUACAUGGGUGUACUGUAAUAUCACAGGGUGA